UUAAUAUGCGACUGCAAAGCACCACUAGAGAUGCACGUAUGAGAUGGGUUGUGCAGUGGAGAGUUCCUCAGAGCCUCAGUUUCCUCCAUCAGUUGCAUCAUUGCCCUGGUACUGAAGCAGCCGCUUCCUGCCGUCUGUCAUCGCGAUGAUGAGGAUGAUGCCGUUCAGUAGACGCAGGACGCACGAGCACUCUUGAGCCAGAUCACUUUAAUCGAUCGUGACAUUGUGGGAUACAACAGUUGUACGUUGGCCAAGAUAACGAAGGAUUGAACUCUCGUCUUUCUCGCGAAACCUCUCCCGUUAUUCUGGGGCAGAUCCGUCUUUAAGUCCCCCUUUGAGAUGUGUAUUGAUCUUUUUUUAAAGAUGUCGUCAUCCUAUAUGUUCAUGGGUCGGUUCUUUGAAGGGCAGAGACGUGGAAGUGAAGGAGCACGUUCAUUCUCUUCAUUAUAACGCCUCAUCUGUUGGAUACCAAUAUAAGCCACGCUAAUGGAAAAUACGGGGUCACAGGUGGUCUCGCUGGAGCAGCAGGUGGAGAGUGUGGAGAGGAGCAUUGUGUUCCUUAGACAGGAGCAGCUGUCUCUGCUGCAUGGACUACAUCUGGAGAUCCUGUCCCUCCAGAAACGCUGUACAGAACUUACACAGGAACUCAACAUGAAGCCCCCAGGCAGGAGUGAAGCAGAUGGCGAUAGAGACGGAGAAGCACACACUUCAACAAUGGUAUCCGCAGAGGUGACGGAGGAAGAGGAGCAGCUGGAAGCCCAUUGUGAGGAGGUGGAGGAGCAUCUGCAGGAGCAGCAGCAGAUCCAGAGUGAUCUGCGAUGGGAGCUGAGUCAGAAGUCCGUCCUAGUGGGUGCUCUCCGCGCCAGUCUGAAGGAAAAGGAGCGCCAUUUCCUGGAGGAAUUAAAACACCGCAGCCACAGGACCACUGUGCUCAACACCGAGCUGCAGAAGCAGACAGAGGCGGCUGCGUACCUGUCCUUCCAGCUGCAUUCAGCCAAGCAGAAACUCCAUCAGCAGAGGCAGCAGCAGCAGCACAGGAGGCCUGCCCAGUCUGGUGUGGACAAGCCUCCCGUCCACCCUUCGCCUCAGGCCAGUGCCAGCAGCCCGACCACCAUCAAACCCAAACGACGGAGCUCGAGCCGGUCUUCCUCGCACCUCCACACCGAACGCGCCAGGGAGUGUGUGCCGCGCGAGAGGGUGACUGGCCCCGAGGAGCCUAUGGCCAUGCCUGACCCCGCCCUCUUCUUCUACCCUUACAGACACAGAUCCCGGCUCCGCCCACCACACAGACAUGCCCUGCAGGAGGCGGAGGGGGAGGAGUCAGAGGAGCUCGAUCAGGGAGCUUCUGUAAGCAGACUGGCAACAACAGUAGCUAAAGCCACUGCGACCACUGCGUCUACCACAGAGAACAACGCUGAAUGAGCGUUUCUUUUACAGUUCAACCUGCUUGUUUUUAUGAUAUUUCAACCUUAAUUGCACCUUGAGCCCCUUGGGAGAACCAGUGACAGAAAUGUUUAUAUUUGCAAUACAGUUAGCUUUUU